CUUUGGUCAGUUGCGACCGUCCUUUUUUCGUUUGGAGAGAUGGUGUGGACGCUCUGUCUUGUCUUGUUCCUGCGCCUAACACAUUCCAGCCGAGUGACAGGGCAUGACCACGGAACGUUAGAGGUGGAGAAGAAAACGGGCAAAAUGCUCCAGAUAGAUGCUUCAUUAGGUGAUAGCCUCGGUGCACAUGACAUCAUCCAGAUGCGCGGCAGUUCAGAUGGCUGCAUGUAUGAAGGUCGUGAAAGAAUGGGCUGUCACGCAGAAUGUGGUUGUGCUUGGUAUGAGCAGUGCUAUCCCAAGUUCGUCAUCGUCAAGGAAGACCACUCGGAUAAAGCCGUGAAGGCGAAGUCCAAAGUCAAUGUUGGAGUUUGUGAUCUUGCCAUGCCAGUGCUGGCCAUUGCGUCUGUGCUUCUGUUUGUGGUGCUUAUUGGCCUGGUUGUUUCUGCUCGCAUGUACCUGACCAAGGAUGCUCCUCCACUUGACCGAGCUCUUCCUUCAAAUGCAAGCUUAAGCGAACCAAAGGCGGAACGUGUGCCGGAGAAGCGCAUCAACGAUGGCAGCAACUUCCAGGCUCGUCCGGAUAGUCCACCUGCUGAAGCUGCCGCGCCAGAUACAGAAGGAGACACCGUCACUGAAGCUACACGUGAUUAGAGCACAAAAAUUGCAUUUGCGCACUGGAGACACCCCUGUCAGUUGCAAAAA